CCAAAAUAACCUCGCUUCACCUCAAUCGCACCCCUUUCAGCUGGACCAUAUACUUCUUUUCUUUUUCCUGAACAAAGCAAUGCACGCCUUCUCUUUCGUUUCUACCACCGCUCUUGCUUUCCUGGCGACUCUAUUACUGCUGGCGACUACCCCAGCGUCUGUCAAGGCGGACUGUGUCCUUGAGUGUACUGAAAUUGUUUUCAAUAUCGGUUUCUGUGGUUCUCUCAGUGAUUUGGGAGAUCGCGAUGCUGCUGAUAUGCCUCCCGUAGGCGCCGGCAACACAGACCGCGACAAAUGUCUUUGCAAACAGGAUAUUGCUAGACUCUAUCGCAAGUGCCAACUCUGCAGAGAUCCUUUAAAUGCCAAUGCUCAAGUUGACAAGUUUGUGGCUGCAUGUAAUCUCCAAGAUCCCUCUCGUCAUCUUGUCAAUGGCGCAAGUAGCCCCAACAAGAUUUCAUUUGGUACAUUCGUAAGGUCUGGACUCUUGGUCAGCGGUCUCGCAUACAUUGUAGCUUAAAAAAAAAAAAUACAGUGAUCACCUUUAAUUAGU